AUGCACCUUAUCAGACGAGCGGAGCGUUCGACAUCAACGUCUUCUUCAGCUUCGUCCAUCUCUACCGCCACUUCUGGCUCUUCAGACGCGCUUCCCAGGCCUUUCGAUACUGGCCUGGGAAACAAUUUCACGACUUCUACCUGUCCGACUUUCUUCAAGGCCUUUCUUUCUGACGAAACUUUUAAUGAAUGUGUUCCGCUAUCUCUUCUUUUACAGACAUCUACUUCUUUCUUCACCGUACAGAGAUCGCCGGUUAGACUGGCGCAAACACUUAGUGCAUCAUGUAGUGUCAAUUUCGACACGUGCAGCACUCUGAUGGCCUCGCUUGCAAGGCAGAUCCAGUCGCCUAACAAUUGCGCAGCAGACUUGCAAAACCAGAAUCCUGUGGCUAUGCAGGCUUACGAUGGCUUUGUGGCUUACCAAUCACUCUAUCAUGCUGGAUGUCUACUCAACAGCGAAACAGGCGCAUACUGCUUCUCAGACGCAGUAACAAAUGCGACAUCACCAACCGAUAGCUAUGUCUACUAUCUUCCUCUAGGUGUCUCAUUACCUGGCACCACAGCACCAAGUUGUUCCGAGUGUCUCCGAGACACCAUGUCUGCAUUUGGCAGCGCCGCGACAAAUCGCUCGCAGCCAGUCUCAAACGUCUUCGCCAGUGCGGCAGCAAUGAUCGAUCUGACCUGUGGCGCCGACUUUGUCAAUGCAAGCAUCCCUCAUCAACCCACCAGCGCUGCUGCUUCUCUCGCGAGCACUGGUCUGGGAGGACUGGGAAGUAUUGCUCUGCUUGUCUCUCUACUCACUGUCUUGAUGUGA